UAUUCUGGGCCUCACAAAAAGCCCAAUACUCUUUCCACCUCCGCCAAUAUCCCCAACUAUCCCAACAUUUGCGAAAUCCCCUCUUUGCCGCAACUCCAAUGGCUUUAUCGUCUUUCGUACCGGCGUUAUCUUCUCCGCCGCCACAUACGGCGGCGAUUUUAAACCACUCCGGUUUUCCGCCGCCACUCCCGCUUUAUACGGCGACGAUAUUAAACCGCUCCGGCUCUCCGCCGGCGCCAACAUCAUCGUCUUCACCUUCCUGUAGUGUCCGGUUCACUUGCUCAAUCUCUCCGACGACAAGAACUUUUGCUUUUAUGAGACCGACGACUCUAUCGUCGUCUUCUUCUAGACGGAGUUCGCAAAUUGUUCGUAUGGCGCCGGAAGAAGAGAAGAUGACUCGUCGUUCUCCGCUCGAUUUUCCUAUCGAAUGGGAAAGACCCAAGCCCGGACGAAGACCAGAUAUCUUUCCCCAAUUCAGUCCCAUGAAAACUCCCUUGCCACCUCCUAUGCCGGGUGAUCCUCCAGAAGAGGAAGAUGAAGAAGAAGAAGAAAAGAAAGAGGAAGAUCCUGAGAAAAAGGAAGAGGAAGAGGAAGAGCCCGAGAAGGAAGAGCCAGAAAAACCUGAAGCCUGAAGUGCAGUAGCGCGCCAAUCUGAUGAUUUUAUUCCAACAAGGCAACAAGGUAGACUCACGUUUGCUAUUGUUAGCUUUGUUGUUGCGGCUUAUAUAUAUUGGCCUUAGGUCAUGUUCUAGAUAGAAUUUAUGGCGCGAAGAGUACUGAACUUUGAAAUUUUGUUAUACAGUGUACCAUCUAGACAAUCAGUAGUGCGAUGUAAUAUUUUGUUUCAUCAA